AAGAAAGUGACCGUUCAGUUUGAAGAGGCUAUGUAUGCAGUAUCUGGAAAGGUAGGGGCUAGCAGAAAAUGUCCUCAAAGGUUAGGCAGAGACAAGAGCUAGGUUAAAGUUAGGGUUAAACAAUGCAUUUGGGGAUGCUUUCUGUCUUAUCCAGAAAGAUCAAAUUAAUUUGACAUCUACAACCCCUCCAAAGAAAACAAUUUGUCAGAAAGGAGAAUUUCUAGGGGAUGGAUGUUAUAGUAUACAAAAAGACAAGAAAACCUGGAAAGAAUCUUUAAAUUCCUGUAAAAAUCAGGAAAUGAAUUUGGCUUCUGUUCAUUCUAUGUCAUUAAAUGAAGGACUACAUUAUCACAUUUGGAUUGGAAUUGGUUUUACAAUUUGGGAUGUAUAUCCUGGAGAUGAAGAUCACUGUGUGGCUCUUUCACCAAAUGGAAAAUGGAAAGGCUUUCCUUGUAGCACAAAGCUUGAAAGUAUAUGUAAAAUACAAGCUGGCAUUCCACUGACAACCUCUUCUGUUCAUGGACUUUGCCCUAAUAGUGAAAAGUGGAUCAGUCAUGGCAGUUAUUGCUAUCUGUUUGAUGAACACAAAACCAACUCAUUUAAAGAAGCACUUCAUGGAUGUAUUCGAAAAGGCUGGAGCAAAAGCAGACUGGUCAGUAUUAAGGACCUUUCAGAACAAGUUUGGCUAGCUAUGAUGGCUAAAAGAUAUCCAAAUACUGUUAGUUUGAAGAUUGGUCUAUUUUGGAAAGACUAUGGCUGUCCAUAUAACUGGAUGGAUAACACUCCUCUAACAUUUCAAUUUUGGAGCAGGACUGGUCAUAAACAGGGCAAAUGUGUUGUGCUUUAUAAUGGUGGGCAUCAAGAAACAUCUGGCUCCUGGAGGAGACGCUUGUGUAGUGAUAGCCAUUCAACAUCAGGUUACAUAUGCAAAGUUCCAAAACUGCCUUAUCCAACAACUCCUAGCCCAGAAUGA